AUGAAUGCCUCAUCAGAGGUGACACAGGGGAUGCUGUUACACACACCUGUCAAAGUUCUGAUCUCUGUGCUGCCAUGUAUGCUCUUUCUCUAUGUGAACUUUGUCAUGCUGUUCGCCCUGCUGAGGAAGCCUCUCCUCCUGGAGUCCUCCCGCUACGUCUUGUUUGGUCAUUUGCUCCUCACUGACUCCCUGCAGCUUUUCUGUGCCAUGUUGAUGUACAUUUUUGCAGUGGCUGUCGUCAGAAUGGUCAGCUAUGUCUGUGUCAUAAUCGUAGUGUUUGCAAGCAUCACUGUUAAAAUGUCACCUCUGAAUCUGGCUGUCAUGUCUUUGGAGAGGUACGUUGCGAUUUGUUUCCCUCUGAGGCACGCUGAUAUUGCCACAACCAGGAGGACGGGUGUAGCUAUUGCUGUAAUGUGGACUGUUGGCUCUUUUGACUCGUUCAUACAGCUGUUCCUCUUUGUCAGUCUGGAGAACACAACCGUGACAAUGCAGAAGUUCUGCUACAGAGAUAGCGUCUUCAGGCUGCAUAUUUUUUCCACUUUAAACAUGAUCUUCACCAUUGUGCUUUUUGUGUUAGUGAGCAUUGUUAUAAUCUACACAUACAUAGCUAUCAUGGUUACUUUAAAGUCAGCCUCCUCCAAUGCCCGUAAUGCCAGCAAGGCCCACAAAACAAUUCUGUUGCAUAUGAUUCAGUUGGGCCUGUAUCUCACCUCCAUUCUGUUUAAUACCAUCAACUCAAGCAGCCAGUGGUACAUUCCUUCUAACAUUGCUGUUCAUGUUCAGUAUGCACUCUUCGUGAGUCUGAUGAUUUUUCCCAAGUUUCUGAGCCCGCUCAUAUAUGGCCUCAGAGACACCACUUUUAAGCACAUCUUUAGACACUACUUCACCUUUGGCUGCAAAACUACCACAAUCACUUUUUAG